AUGGCUUCACGGACCAUGAAGGACGUCAUCAAAGCGCUCCAGGCACAAUUCUCAGCCGCCAAAAUUCCAAUAUCGCUGCCCACCGAAUCGCGCCGGAUGCUGCAGAAUUUCGUGGACGAGCACGAUGGCACGAUCAGUGAGGAGGAGUCUGCUCGAGUCAGUACGGACCUCUGGAACUUUUGGGAGCGCUAUGUAGGCGAGACUCCAGCCAAGACUGGAGCAUUCAUUGGAGUGCUGAAGGAGCUUCAGCCAUUGAUCACGCGCGAUGAGGAUACUCUGUUCUGGUGGAAUCAGGUUGUCCGUGGUGUCGUCACAUCGACUGGGUAUCGAAAGGCUGUUCUGGACGAUGGCACAGAGUUUGUCGUGCAGUCGCUCUUGCCUCAGGAAGGCGCUGCCGAGGGCGUACACAGCAGAGUGGCCAAUCGACUGCUGGGAGAAUUGUUCAGCGUAUAUGCGACGCGCACUCGAUCGUUGGUGGGUGAGAGCACUUUCGUGGCUGGCGAGAACGCUCAAGUUGCACAGCAGAUCGAAGGUAUCCUAGUCGCGUUCGGCAAGAAGCAACCCAAGGACCUCUUCUACUGCUUGGACAGACUGAUCGUCGGAAUUGACACCCGCAUGCAAGGCUUGACAUUACUUGGCGUCUUUCUGCGCCAGCAGACGCCACAUCUGUAUCUGGCAUCCACCACGCCAUUGGUCGAGACACUCCUGAAAUGUCUGAUGAGCGACACGUCUACCACGGUUCUGUCGGUGGCUUUGACCUCGCUGACAAUGCUCUUGCCACACAUAGCCGCAUCGCUCAGCUCACAAUUACCACGACUCUUUCUUGUCUACAGUCGACUGUUAUGCUGGGAGAAGUUCAGUCCAUUGAGCACGGAGGCUCAGAAGUUGUCCGUCACAGAUGACAGAAUCUCGACCAGCGGUGGCGACCCUGGCGAUGUUGGUAUAGAUGCGGAUUGGGAGAAGCUACGACCCGCCGACGCCACGACCGAGAGUGAAGCACCAGAACUGCUCACCUUCUUCACAUAUCUCUACGGCCUGUACCCACUGCAUCUGACCUCGUACAUUCGCAAGCCGCGCCGAUUCCUUAAGGACAGGCAAUUCCCAGGCGCCGAUGACUUUGAUCUGGAUCAAACCGUCAUUCGGAGUAGGACAGAGCAGUUCCGACAACUUCACCUUCUCCAUCCGAACUUCUACAACAUGACCGUCGAGGAGGAAGCCAACGAUCCAAAGUGGGCAAAGAUGGAAUCUGCAGACGUCGUUGCAGAGGUGCAUGCGCUCUGCGUGGCCAACGUAGCUCCCGUAAGCCCAGGCCCACCUCCAUCAUCGAAGCUACCGGAUGUUCCGCGACUGCCUGCGAUCUCGACUCUCAAGAGUCCACAACUGUCCCCCAGCACAAGCCAUGCCAGCUUCAAGACUGGUAACAGCUGGCGAGAUACGCAGUCUACGAGCGGGCAGACGCUCGACGGUGAUUCGCCAGUACUCGGGCCUCAUAGUGUACAGUCAGAUGACGAUCUGUCCAUCCCAGCAUUUCGUCCUCGCAGUAAGGGCACUAGUCGUGCAACGCCCAGCUUGGACGACUUCCCACGACCGGCGCGCAGUCCAAAAACAGACAUGCGUCCACCGCAAUCCAAUAUUGCUUACGUUGAGCGCGAGAACACUCUCCUCCGUAAUGAGCUCAACUUCGAACGAUGGCACAAGGCUCAAUACUCAGCACAUAUCGGACAGCUGAUGCGCAAGAAUGUAAAAGAUGCCGCUACCGAUGCACAACAGCUCAAUCUACUGAACGCCAACCGUGCUUUGCAUAAGCAGAAUGACCAUAUCCGCAGUGAGCGUGAAGCAACGAUCAAAGACUCAGCCCUGACUCGCAAGCAUAGCAACUCGCUCGAAGCAAGCUAUGCUGACCGCUUUACACAAAUGAAAAAAGAUCAAGAGACCUGGAAGGCUGACGCACAAGAGCUAAGGCGGCUGCGCCACGAGAACGACCAGUACCGUGAGCUCCUCGUGGCGACUGAAGCUCGCGAAGCAAACUCGAAAGACAGGCUCGCGAUAGCGAAACGUGACCUGCAGGAUAUGGAGGACGUGCAGCAGAAGCUCGACAGUGCCGAAGACAAGGUGCGCGAGUACGAGUACCGCGAAUUCGAGAUGGAUCGAGCAAAGCAUGAGCUCGACAUUGUGCUGAGUGAGAAGGACACCCUCCAAAUGCGUGUGAAGAGGCACCAGCACGAACUUGAGCGCGCAAAACAAGCUCAUGCAGAGAAGGUGGCUGAGCUGCAAGCAUGCAUUGACUCCCAGAACGGAAUACCACGACGAAUGCCAUACCCUACGCCUGGUCCAGAUACGCAGGUCCUCAUCCAGCAAGCCGUUGCCGAGACACAAUCGAAACUUAACCAGCUUCGCAGGAAGCACACCGCACUAAUGGAACGUUACUCGGACCUAGAGCUGGAACACGAGACGAUCAAAUCCCAGCUCGAUGUCAUGCAGGGACGCACUGGUCGCAAUGGCACAUACUUUCUCCAAGACACCGACAACGAGAGCCACAGUCAUUCCUCUCGCGACAUAUCGAUGAGCGGCGCCGGCAUGACCCUUGCAGACCAUGGCUUCGAUAUCAAUAGUGACUUGCAGCCGAUUUCGGAGAACGCUUACAUGACGAGUACGAGUGAGCCAACGAACCGACGAUUCAAUUCACAGCUCACAGUCAUGCCUAUCUCGCCACCACGGAGCGAGGCCACCCUACACAAUUCUGCUGGGUUGACAUGGAAGCCACCCGUGAGUCGUCAAGACAGUCUGGCGUCAAGGAGCUCGGGUGUUCCGGCCACGACAUUUAAUCAAACCGCACCGUUGAAGCAUGACGAAGGCAGCAGUGCCCAGAGCGCCUUCAGCGAUGCAAGUGGAGGGGGUGGGCAGAAGAAGAGGGAGAAGAUCAAGCCGAACAGCGACGUCCGUGUCUAUGGCAGAGGUGGUGCACAAAACAUCAAGCUGAAAUCGAAAGACAAGGAUGCUGCCGAGAAGAGCGAGAAGAGCCGUGGGUUCGGACGUCUGAAGAAUCUUGUCUAG